ACACCUAUCCCUUCUCUUACAGACCGCGGCUGUCUCUUUCAAAAUCUAGUCAGUUAACUACGUAGACAGCAUCGUGGCUGUCCUAUUCGGCUGCAUACUUUUUUCCAUUAAAGCUCUCUAAGCAGUCAGCAGUCGUUUUUUGAGACACUCUCCAGAUAGCUGAGCGCAGAUUUUUUUUAAGUCCAGUCAGUGAACAGCUCUUUAUCCGUCAGGUCUUUUGUCCACUUCAAUACAAAAACAGCCGGUCUUUUCGGACUAACAUCAAAUAAACCUUGCUAUAAUAGAGUAUAAGGACCAUGCGUGAAGGACUUUUAAAACUUCUUUGCAUUGUCAUGUUCUCGUUGCGUCCUUGUUGUGAAGCAUCAACCGUAAUUUAUCAGAUUCCUGUCAGACGGACAGUUUCAGAGCAAAGCACCGGACGCCCCCCUGCUGCUGUAAACACAGUCCACAGGAAUUGGUGCCAGUACACAGUACAGAAGACGGUUUCAUGUCAGACACAGAAUGGAACGGAGACCGUUGUGCAACGACUGUUUCAGAGCUGUCGCUGGCCUGGGCCGUGUUCGAACCUCAUCAGCUAUAGGACCCUGGUGAGACCCGUGUACAGAGUGACCUACCGGAAAAUCACAUCUCUGGAAUGGCGCUGCUGUCCCGGAUUCUAUGGGGAGGACUGCCGGGAGGAAUGCAUGAACUGCACUGGCUAUGCUGAUAUCACUGAGCGGUUGAGUGUCGUUGAAGCUCAGAUAAUGUUACUAAAAGACGCUGAGACGCCCAUUUUCCCCUUAUCCAGCCAAUCACCUGAGAGAACAACUGAUAAUGAGGUUGACAGUCCCCACCCCUCACCCAUAACACCCAAUGCCAUUGGCCGACCAGGGCCAAAAGGCCAACCAGGGCCCCCAGGUCCCCCUGGACCUUUAGGAAAGACAGGAUUGUCUGGGAAACCAGGGCCUGUAGGACCCAAAGGAUCUCAGGGAUUGCAGGGUCCCCAAGGAGAGAGGGGCCUUCCUGGGCCCCCAGGACCUCCAGGGCCCACUGCAUCUUCUCCCUUUUCCAUCAGGGGAGACGUUUUUACCCUAAUGGCUAGACAACAAGCCCAAUAUGAUGAUGGUGAACUUGACUUGCAGACUUUACUUGGACCCCCUGGACCCUCUGGCCCACCUGGUCCACCAGGGCCUGCUGGACCACCUGGUGACCCAGGAACCCCUGGUAAAAAUGCUGCCUUAAGCUCUUUAGGUAAGCCAGGGGACCGGGGACCCAAAGGUGACCCUGGAGAAAGAGGUCCACCUGGAUUGACUGGAAAACAAGGACAACCUGGUGCUCCCGGUCCUAAAGGUGAGUCAGGAGAGACUCCAGCCGAGGUACAACAGUUAAGAGAGGCUCUCAAGAUUCUAGCCGAGAGACUUCUCAUCCUAGAACACAUGAUUGGCGUUCACGAUACUCUCCUGGAGUCAGGUUCUGGAAUAGAUCUCCUGGCAGAUUUUGCUCCAGCAGUGGGCGCUAAAAGUGCACGCAGGCUGUCCUCUCGUCUUACAUCGGACACAGAGUAGCCAGACUCUGUUUAUGGGGGUGAAGAUUUAGUAAUUGUGACCACAAGAGAUCCCAGUGAUUUUACACACCGUUCAUUAAAGCCGCAAACAAGUGUGCUGUAUAGAGACUGGAGCUCUCCAGCAAACACAAA